CUUGCUUAUCGUGUUCGACCUCCAGUCAUCACGAACGACGAGGACUGAUUUCCAACCUUUUCCAAACAGUCCACAAGGUAAUAUCGCCAUCAAUACGAAGGCGGACAUACAGCCUGCGGUCAGUCAGACAUCGCUGGAGACAAGCAGUGUGGAGGAUGCAUGGUUACUUCUCCAUAAGUCGCACAACGCCGAAAACGUUAACAGUAUCGACAAAUGGGCGCUACGCCGGAAAGUGGAUUAGGCAUGUUGUGCCAUUGAUGUUCUGUUGCUAACGUUAUACAAUGCAGUUUUUUGAUAAAUUUAUACUCAACUAUGCAGCUGUCAUGGGCAUACAGAAAGAUCUUCGUCUUGUUGGCAACGACUUCUCCAAUACUGCAACAUUCCUCUUUGUAGGGCUGCUGUGCUUCGAAAUACCAAACAUCUACUUCUUCCAGAGGGUCCCGGCGGCGAAGUGGCUCGGUCUUAAUGUUGUCCUUUGGGGUGUCGCAACCGCCAGUGGUGCAGCAGCAGCCACCUCCUACCGCACCCUCCUUGUCUCCCGUGUCUUCUUGGGCAUCUUCGAAGCUACCAUUAGCCCCUCUCUUCUUCUCAUCAACUCACAGUGGUAUACCAAAUCUGAGCAAGCCCCUCGUUUCUCAUUCUGGUAUUGCGGACUUAGCUUUGGACAAAUCAUCGGCGGCGCCAUUUCCUAUGGUUUCCAGCAUGUAACGCCUAGCUCAAGUCUUGCUGGAUGGCGUAUUAUGUUCGUCACCCUGGGUUGCUUGACUAUUGACAUUGGACUAGCAACCCUUUGGCUUGUACCAGACACCCCGAUGCAGGCACGAUGGCUCACCGGUGCGGAGAAACUCGCGUUGCUGAAGCAUGUCAGUGUCAACAGAACCGGUAUCCAGAGCAAAACUUUCCAGCCCAGGCAGCUCUUAGAGGCGUUGACAGAUCCACGGCUUUACUUCAUGGUUCUUGCUGUGAUAUUGCUCUCCGUUUCCAGCGGCGUGCUGACCACCUACUCGGCAACUCUCAUCCGCAACCUAGGUUAUGUGCCCAAACGUGCAGCCUUGAUGAACAUGCCGUCCAGCUUAGUCAGCAUUUUCUUCACGCUCCUUGCUGGCUUCGGCAUCCGGAAGCAGUCCAACCGCUGGCUCUGGAUAGUCCUUUGCAUCAUACCCGCUAUUAUUGGCGGAGCGCUGAUGCCCUUUCUCCCCGUAUCCAACCGCCGCGGUUGCCUUGCUGGUAUCUACCUUGUCAACGCUGUUGUCGCACCUCUCCCGGUCCUUUACGCUUGGACUGCAGCUAACAUUUCCGGGUCUACGAAGCGCGCAUUGGCUGCUGCUGUAGUAUCUGACUCUUUCAGUAUUGGCAACAGCAUUGGGCCGCAGACGUUUCAAAUGAAAGAUGCACCGAACUAUAGACCUGCGAAGCUUGCCGUUAUGGGCACACAAGCGGGCUGUGCGAUUGUUACAGUAUUAUUGUACGGGUACUAUCGAUGGCAAGAUGCUAGACGGGGCGGAAAAAAGGGUGAGGUGCAGAUUGGAGAGGAAGCAUUCAUGAGUGGGAGGCCUGGAACACGGGAACGGACCGAGAGGAUUGUGAGUUCAGGUACUCAUAUUGAGGGUCUAAUGGCUCAUCGAUGUCAUUCUCCCAAUUCAGAUACGACCUCCCAGUCGAUACGCCAACUCUUGAUCACUUGAUCUUGUCGGUGUCUUACCCAGCUCACACGUCCUGUCGACACUGUACUCUGACCGAACUAGAAUACCACCCAAUGGCUGCCCCAUCUGAGCCCCCGAGUAGGCGAAUGGCAGGAUGUCCUCGUUCCACUUGAACGCUUGAGUCAAGGAUCUCUCGAAAGAGCUUUGUGUAGGGCUACUCUUCCCCUUUGACUCCACAUCUCCCUUUGUUUCAAACUCGCCCAGUUGUAGGAAGUCUUCCUUAUCGGCUCGACUUCUGCCAAUCGAGCUGAAGAUGCGCGAAUGUGAGCGUUUACGACUAGCUUUCUUGUUGCUGUCUUUGGACAGAUCCUCAUAGUAGCUUAGCUGGGUGGCAGUUUGAGGGAAGAACUUUCGUUUGAGGGAGCCCAGGAGGGAACGGAUCGCAGGCAAGCAAGCGACCAUGACGCCGACAUGCGAUUCCACAGCCGACCAGUAUCC